AAAAUGCUUGAUGCUCGUACUGUUUUUUACACAUUUUAAAUUAGUUUUUCUAUGUGUCCUACUAUUUGCUAUUUUUAAGUGCUAAUAAAUAAACAUGGAGAUUGGAGAAGAAAGAACUCCUGAAGAUGCGCGUAAAAUAAUUAAAAUAGCUAAACUUCAUGAACCAGAAUUAACUGAAAUAACACAAGUAUUAAGAUUUCCUGAUGUUAAUCAUCAAAAUGACAAUUUAAAACUUAUGCUCUUAGAUGAUGUUCUUUUGAAAGAGAUUGAAAAGGGCAACGAUCUGAUAUUCAAGGGAGAUUCAGAUGAAAGCGUUGUCCUGUGCACCAAUAACAAGACCUAUGAUGUCAAGGAAGCAGAAACAUCAAAUAGCUUGCUUUUGGUCCCAGAUUUAUUAUUUGCAGCAUCAACAGGCCUUGAUGAAACGUUAAAAAACGAUUCCAUGGAGUGUGAAUCAGAUUCCUCGUUUGAUAAAUCUAACACAAGUCUCAAUAAAUCAACAGACUCUGACGACGGAACGAAACCUCCUAGAAAAGUCGAACAUAAAGAUAUAAUCAAUACAUUUUUCACUUACUAUGAAUUAAAACCUUGUAAACCUCGUCUUUCCAAGUUGCGAAAACUUUUAGAACUCACCAAGUAUCAAGGCAUAGAAUUAGAAUACGCAGUUGAUAAAUCAAAAUUAUUGACUUAUGAAAAUUUGUGUGAUAAAGUGCAGGCGUCAAAAGCAGAACUAGAUGAAGAAUUAGACAAGAUACAAGCAAUAAAAAUAGACGAUCAUUACCGACUUUUGGAGUUUGAUUACGAAUUCAGAGUGCUGUCGUAUAUGUUGGAUUUGAUAGAAGAGAAUUCAUGGGCCUUAGACAAAAUUUCUAAAGAAGAAACGUUAGAAAGUUUAAAAGAUCUUGUACCAGAAACGAUAUUGAAAUCGAUGUUUAGAUUUUACACAACAGAAUCAAUAGAAGAAGAUGGAAUUCAGUACUACCAAUAUAAACAAGAUAAAGUUUGUGGUUUUCUGGCUAAAGUACUGCUGAAGAGCGCCGGAAAGUUUAAUUUGGCUGAAUUUCUUCAAGCUUGGAGCGAUUCUGUCCCUGAAGGAAUGGUGACUGAUGAAUCACUACUGUCGGGGAUUGCUUUGAUCGAUAAAACGAGUACACCGAAAGUAAUAUGGGGAUUUGCUGAAAGUGAUUUACCGGAAGAUAUCAAUGAGCGAUUCAAAAUCCUAUUCCAAACCAAGACAAAGUGGACUGUUGAUGAAAUAUCGCCGUAUAUCCAAUGCUAUGCAACGGAAAAGCUGAAUGUCAAUGCGAUCUUGACGAAGUAUGCACGAGCGUCAACUCAAGAUGGAGUCAGAGUAUUUUCAGCAAAACAUAUGAAGUAAUAAUUGUCAAACAGCAAACAGUGGUACACCACUUUUUUGUAUCGUUUUUGUGUAACAAUUACCUACUAUGUUAGAUUUGUUA